ACAAAACAAUACACGGAUCAAAUCCCGUUUACCAGUUCUAUUUCCAUAGCUGCCUAGAUCACAUGUCACUUCAGAAUCCAAACACAAAAAUGUCUUACUACAGAAAUCCCGAGGGUGGUCCAAACUUGUUAAUUCUGCACAAAAACGAAUGGAAACGACUGAAACAGCAAGCGGGUCCUCCGGUGACCCCGACACAAGCGCCACUGAAGAACGCUUAUAUAGAAUCUAUGAUAGAGAAAUCACAAGCGUGGAUUAAGACUUGGCCAGACACAGUACAAGGCUGCGUUGCAAAUGCUGAAACUAAAAGGGAAAAGCAACGGGCGGAAAGAAUUGCUCUCGCGAAAGCAUUUGCAAGGAAGAAAAUAAGUAAAAAGAAUACAGAUGCCGUACAAAAGGCGAAACAAAUGAUCUUUGAGGAAGGCUGUUAUGGUAACAAGCUGCUGAGUGCCUUACGCGAAUCCAAGACAAUUGAAGAACGAGAACUCCAAAUACAAUUCAAAAAUAAACUAAAAGGAAAAGAAGAAGUACAAAAGAAACAGUCCAAGGUUGUAACCUUCUGUUCAUUUGAAUUGGAUAAAGAUGCUGAUGCAAAGGGUGAUGAGCAGAAAUGUUUGAAAAUGCAACAGGCUAAAGAGAACUUAGAACUACUUAAAAAGAAAAAAAAUGAGGAAGCUAAAAUUAAAGAACAGGAAAAACAAUCAGAUCUUGAAAAUGCUAAGUUUAUGAAGUAUAUUUUAGACAAGGAACAAGAAGCAGAGAACAAAAUAAGAGAAUUGGAGAAACAAGCUUUGGUAGAGUAUGCAGCUGAACAAAAGAAGUCUAAGGAAGAAAGAGCCAAAUGGGAAGCUGAAUAUUACGCAAAAAUAGAACAGUGUCGUAAGGAGCAGGAAGAACUUAAUUGCAAAAUAAAAGAAGUGCUUAAUAAGAUCAACAAAAACGCACAAAAUAAAGCAAUGUCUAAAGAUCUUUACGAUACAUUUAAUAAAUACCAAGAAGUGGAGAAAAAGCGAUAUGAAGACUUCAUAGCAAAAAGUUUGAAGAAAGGGGAACAGAGAGCAGAAAAAAGAGAACACAAGCAGAAAGAGAAGGAAAAACAGGCCCGUGACAAUAACGUCUCGGUAGCAGAGUUUAAUAAAACACUGGCUGAGUAUGUGCGUCAGAUGGAAUGUUCUAACAAAUGCUUCUGCGAUCGACAGUGCUUCUUCGUUAAAUCUGAAAAAGAAAGGAGUGCAAAAGGAAAGUUAGAAAUUGAACCUAAAGUUCAAGCGAAGCCGCCUCCAAUAUUCACUCCAAGCAACAAGCUAACGAGAGCACUGAAGCUUCGUGAGAAGGCGCCAACACCAUGGACGGGCUCCGGCGUCUGCGCUGCGCCCGCACAAUUCGCGCAGCAAGCCAACCAGAUACUAGGGGAAUGCAAGUACAAGAUACCGGCGAGGAAAGUUGUUGAUGAAUUCAGGAAAAACAACGGAUUUGACGCCACUACAUUACCAAUACCAAAUUACUAACGUGUUAAUUUAAUUUUUGGGGUUAAAUAAAAUACAAAUUCGACAAUCAUUAUACUACGUUUUAUUUUAUACUACAAACUUUAUUUACAAAACAUUUGUCCUUACAUUCAAUUUCCGACCGGUUGCUCUUCUUCAAUCCAUAUCUACUAGAGUACCAUGAAUAAUAUGUAUGUUUAUAUUAAUAUUGGAAUCUAUUAAAUUGUAACACUGUUGUUCUUAUCUAAUAAAUAACAAAAUAAAUAGCUACAAAUCACAUUGUACAAGCGCUGUCGAAAGAGUUUAUCUGACAUUAAUUAUAAUAUUAUUGAUUGAGGUACGGAGGUAACGUCGACCGCGCUUACUGCGUUUCUGUAGUAUUUCCCUCGUAAAAAUGAUUGCAGAAAGGCAAAAAAUAAAUUUUAUAAUUAUUCUAAAAAACAACGUCGUACGCUUGAGUUUUUCACUCUAACAAAAUAGCAAGUUUGUUUUAAUUUAUUUGAACCUAUUAGAACCGGAUUAGAACGUAAAACUCAAGCGACAGAAGUUGGGAAUAUAAUCUUAUUGAUACCGUACGCCACACAAAUUGUCUGAUACCUACAUUCAAGCGAUAU